AUGGCGGUGCGAGUCUCGCGAGGCCUGCCGCUUGAGGCUGGGGACGUUUUUUCGCGCUCGCUCCCUCAGUCAUGGCGGCCGCGAGUCUCGCGAGGCCGUGGUUCUCGCGCUCCCUGGCGCGCCGUUUUUCGCGCUCGCCUUAGCCGCUUGGUGGCCGGGGACGUCUUUUCGCGCUCGCUCCCUCGGUCAUGGCGGCGCGAGUCUCGCAAGGCCCUGGUUAUCGCGCUCUCUAGCGCGCCGUUUUUUCGCGCUCGCUUUACCCGCUUGGAGGCCGGGGGACGCUUUUUCCGCUCGCUCGCGCGGUCAUGGCGGCGCAAGUCUCGCGAGACCCUGGUUCUCGCGGUCCCUGGCGCGCCGUUUUUCGCGCUCGCCUUAGCCGCUCGGCGGCCGGGGACGCUUUUUCGCGCUCGCUCCCUCGGUCAUGGCGGCGCUGACCCGCGGCCGCCGCCGCUGUUUGUGCCGCGGGCCCGAGCUCUGCGGGCGAUGCACCCCGGAACCUGGGUGCUGGAUGCACGGUCCCCCUCCUGCUGCCACCCCGAGCCUUGGUGCCCGCCGCCGCAACAGUUGGGGCGGCGGCGGCGGGCGGCGGCGGCGGCGGCUUCGGUCCGCGCGCUCGGUUUGGUCGCCGUGGGCCUGGGGUCGGGGAGGCGCGGGGAGGGCGGGGAGGACCGGAAACACCGGCCCUGGAUUCGAAUCUUCCGGCUACACCGGCCCUGGAUUCGAAUCUUCCGCCUCCCGGAGCGCGGUGCCCGGGUCUGGGUUCGAGGGAGCGGGGAGACGCUGCACGCGGCCGUGACCCGCAUCCAGGUCCCCCGCCCGGGCUUCAACUACACCUUCGCGCACAUCUGCGUCCUGAACCACGACAAGACCUGCGUGGUGGACGACAUCAUCCACGUCCUGGAGGAGCUGAGGCUAGCCCGCGCGGCCAACCGCACCAACUUCGCCAUCACCUACCCGGUCACGCGGCUCCAGGACGGCCGCGCCGUCUUCAACGGGCACCAGCUGGGCGGCGUCACCGUGCACAGCCAGGACCGCGUCAAGUCGGCCGAGGCGGUGCAGCUCACCUACUAUCUGCAGUCAGUCAACAAACUCCACGACGCCGUGGCCGCGCGCUGGGAGUCGAGCUUCUGCGACGCGGUGCGGCGCUUCCAGGCGGCCCACGGCCACCACGUGCGCGUCCUGCCCUACACGUCCGCCUCCCUCGCCGACGACUUCCAGGGCAGCACGCGCGUCGCGGGCCGCUACCUGCUCGCGGGCCUCGCGCUGGCCGCCGCCGCCGCCGCCCUGCUGGGCGGGUGCUCGGCCCCCCGCGGGUGCUGCUGCGGCCUCCGCCGCCGCCCCGAGCCCUGGCUGGGCCUCCUGGCGCUGCUCAGCCUCGGCCUGGCCACGCUCGCGGCCGCCGGCAUCAUCCACCUCGCGGGCGGGAAGUACAACUCGACCUGCCUCGGGGUCCCCUUCGUGGUGCUCGGUCACGGCCUGCACGGGGCCUUCGAGCUGCUCUCCUCGUGGCGCCGGACCCGCGCGGAGCAGCCGGUGCCGGAGCGCGCGGCGCAGGCCUACGCGGACGCCCUGCCGCCCUUCUCCCUCGGCACCGCCAUGCACCUCGCCACCUUCGGCAUCGGCGCCAGCGCCUUCACCGACAUCGAGGCCGCCCGCGUCUUCUGCUGCGACGCCUGCGUCGCCGUCCUCUGCAGCUACCUCUUCCUGCUCUCCCUCUUCGGCUCGGGCCUCGUCGCCGCGGGGCACCUCGAGAGCCGGGGCGGCGCCUUUCGCACUCGGGACCGGGGCAGCGUCUUUCGCACUCGCGACCCGGGGCCCGCGGGGAAGCCGCCCUGGUUCCGACGCCUGCUGCCCGCCGCGCGGUGCUGCGGGGAGGCCGCCGGGGAGGCGGCGGAGGCUGAGGCCGGGACGGAGGCCGGGACGGAGGCCGAGGCCGCCGCAGCCGCCGCCGCCGCCGUCGAGGGUCCCGGGUUGCUGGGCUCCGCGAUGCAGCGCUACGCGGCGUGGGUGACGAGCACGUACGUGAAGCCGUUCGCGGUGCUGCUGUACCUGGCCUUCGUGUCCUUCGCGCUCAUGGGCUGCCUGCAGGCGCGCGCGGGCUCGGACCCGGGCUCGGUGGUGGCGUCGUCGUCCCGCACCGUCGAGUUCGCGGCGGCGCAGCGCCGCUACUUCAGCGCCUACAGCCCCGUGAUCGGCUUCUACGUCUACGAGUCGAUCGACUACUGGAACGCCACCGUGCGCGACGCCGUGCUGGGCUUCACCGCGGGCUUCGUGCGCCUCUCGUGGCUCGACGGCUUCCUCGGCUUCCUGCGCGCGCGCAACGCGUCCGCCGCGGACCUCCCGCGCCGCAACCUCACCGAGCUGCUGCGGGGCCCCUUCCUGCGCUCCCCGCGGUACGCGCACUUCCAGGAGGACAUCAUCUUCGCCAAGCGCCCGCCGCCGCCGCCGCCGCCGCGCCCCGACGGCGCGGACGCGCGUGGCGGCGUGGACGGCGCGGGUGAGGACGUGGACAUCGUGGCGUCGAGGAUGUUCCUGGUGGCCAAGACGAUGGACGCGGACCGCGAGGAGCUCUACGGCCUCCUGCAGACGCUGCGCCGCCUCUCGGUGACGUCGAGGGUCAAGUUCAUCGCCUUCAACCCGUCCUUCGUGUUCCUGGACCGGUACGCGGCGUCCGUGGCGGCGCCUCUGCGGCACGCGGGCCUGGGCGCGGGGCUGCUGCUGCUGCUGGCGGCGCUGCUGGCGGGCGACGCGGCGCUGGCGCCCGUGUGGGUGGCGCUGGCGGCGGCGUCCGUCGAGUUCGGCGUCGUGGGGUUCCUGGCGCUGUGCGGGGUGCGGCUGGACUGCGUGGCCGUGCUCGGCCUCCUCUACGGCCUCAACCACGCCGCGGGCAGCUGCGCGCCGCUGCUCUGCGCCUUCGUGCCCGGCCGGGGCCGCACGCGGACGCAGUGGGUGCGGCAGGCGCUGGAGGCGCGCGGGGCGGCGGCGCUGCAGAGCUUCCUGUGCUUCGGCGCGGGGCUCUUUCCUCUCGCGGCGGCGCCCUCGAACCUGACCGCGACGCUCUUCCGCUGCCUGCUCCUCGUGGCGUCCGUGUCGCUGUUCCACUGCUGCGCCGUGCUGCCCGUGAUGCUGACGUUCCUGCCGCCCUCGAAGAAGAAGGGGAGGAGGGGGAGGGGGAGGGAGGGGGAGGAGCGGGAGGAGGGGGAGGGCGUGGAAAUGGCGGGCGUGGACGGCACCCGCGUGGUCGACCAGAUCACCACGGUGUGA